GCGGCCGCUCUAGGCGGGGGAGGGGGAUUGUUCUCGCUCCUCGCGAGUCCUCCCGGUCCCUCCGUUCUGCUUCCGGUUCCGCUGCCGCCCCCGCAGCGGUGUGUCCGUCCCACAGCGGUCUGUCCGUCCCGCCGCCGAGCCUUUUGCUGUGUAGCUUGAACACCUCUUACCUGUCUCCAUAUUAGCAACUGCUGGACGAAGAACGAUAGUAAGAAGGGGGCAAUCUGAGGUGUUUUAAGGAACUGGAACCAUGACGGACUCCAAAUACUUCACGACCAAUAAAAAAGGAGAGAUUUUUGAACUGAAGGCUGAACUCAAUAAUGAAAAGAAAGAGAAGAGGAAAGAAGCUGUAAAGAAGGUUAUUGCAGCCAUGACCGUGGGGAAGGAUGUCAGCUCACUCUUUCCUGAUGUUGUGAACUGCAUGCAGACUGACAACUUGGAGUUGAAGAAGCUGGUCUACCUGUACCUGAUGAACUAUGCCAAAAGUCAGCCAGAUAUGGCCAUUAUGGCUGUCAACAGCUUUGUGAAGGACUGUGAAGACCCAAACCCUCUCAUCCGUGCUCUUGCUGUCCGUACAAUGGGAUGCAUCAGGGUGGACAAGAUCACAGAGUAUUUGUGUGAGCCUCUUCGCAAGUGUCUGAAGGAUGAAGACCCUUAUGUACGAAAGACCGCAGCUGUCUGUGUGGCGAAGCUGCAUGACAUCAAUGCCCAGAUGGUGGAGGACCAAGGAUUUCUGGAUUCUCUGCGUGACCUGAUUGCAGACUCCAAUCCCAUGGUGGUAGCAAAUGCUGUGGCUGCCUUGUCGGAAAUCAGUGAAUCGCAUCCCAACAGCAACCUGCUGGAUUUGAACCCUCAGAACAUUAACAAGCUGCUGACAGCUUUAAAUGAGUGCACGGAGUGGGGCCAGAUCUUCAUCCUGGACUGUCUGUCCAACUACAACCCCAAGGAUGAUCGCGAAGCUCAGAGUAUUUGUGAACGGGUGACCCCUCGGCUGUCUCAUGCCAACUCGGCAGUGGUCCUGUCAGCAGUGAAGGUCUUGAUGAAGUUCCUGGAGCUUCUUCCUAAGGAGUCUGACUAUUACAACAUGCUGCUGAAGAAACUUGCCCCUCCGCUGGUGACCCUGCUGUCUGGAGAGCCUGAAGUUCAGUAUGUUGCCCUGAGGAACAUCAACUUGAUUGUGCAGAAGAGGCCUGAAAUCCUGAAGCAGGAAAUCAAGGUGUUCUUUGUGAAGUACAACGACCCCAUCUAUGUCAAACUGGAGAAACUGGACAUCAUGAUUCGCCUAGCUUCUCAAGCAAACAUUGCCCAGGUCCUGGCAGAGCUCAAGGAAUACGCUACUGAGGUGGAUGUUGACUUUGUGCGCAAGGCUGUCCGAGCAAUUGGGCGCUGUGCCAUCAAAGUUGAGCAAUCUGCGGAGCGCUGCGUGAGCACGCUGCUAGACCUCAUCCAGACCAAGGUCAACUAUGUGGUCCAGGAAGCCAUUGUUGUCAUCAGAGACAUCUUUCGCAAGUACCCCAACAAGUAUGAAAGCAUCAUUGCCACCCUGUGCGAGAACCUGGAUUCCCUGGAUGAACCAGAUGCCAGAGCUGCCAUGAUCUGGAUAGUGGGUGAAUAUGCAGAAAGAAUUGACAAUGCAGAUGAACUGUUGGAGAGUUUUCUGGAGGGAUUCCAUGACGAAAGUACUCAGGUGCAGCUCACCCUACUGACUGCUAUCGUGAAGCUGUUCUUAAAAAAGCCUUCGGAGACACAGGAGCUGGUUCAGCAGGUCCUCAGCCUGGCCACACAGGAUUCUGACAACCCAGACCUGCGGGAUCGUGGCUAUAUCUACUGGCGCCUUCUUUCCACGGAUCCAGUGACUGCCAAAGAAGUGGUCCUCUCAGAAAAGCCACUUAUUUCUGAAGAGACCGAUCUGAUUGAGCCGACUCUGCUAGAUGAGCUGAUCUGCCAUAUUGGGUCUCUGGCUUCUGUGUACCACAAACCACCCAACGCUUUUGUGGAGGGGAGCCAUGGGAUCCACCGCAAACACUUGCCAAUUCACCAUGGAAGCACUGAUGCAGGUGAUAGCCCCGUGGGCACAACGGCCACUACAAACCUGGAGCAGCCACAGGUCAUUCCAUCGCAGGGUGACCUUCUGGGUGACCUUCUCAACCUGGACCUGGGACCCCCAGUGAAUGUUCCCCAAGUGUCCUCCAUGCAGAUGGGUGCUGUGGACCUCCUGGGAGGAGGGCUGGACAGCUUGCUUGGCAGUGACCUUGGCGGGGGCAUUGGAGGAAGCCCGGCAGUGGGGCAGACCUACAUUCCCUCUUCCGUGCCAGCCACCUUUGCCCCUUCACCCACCCCAGCGGUGGUGAGCAGUGGACUCAACGAUCUCUUCGAGCUCUCAUCUGGUAUAGGCAUGGCUCCUGGAGGAUAUGUGGCUCCGAAGUCUGUUUGGUUGCCUGCAGUGAAGGCUAAAGGAUUGGAGAUCUCGGGCACGUUCAGUCACAGACAGGGACACAUCUACAUGGAGAUGAACUUUACCAAUAAGGCUUUGCAGCACAUGACCGACUUUGCCAUUCAGUUCAAUAAGAACAGCUUUGGGGUCAUCCCGAGCACCCCACUGGCCAUUCACACGCCUCUGAUGCCAAACCAAAGUAUUGAUGUCUCCCUGCCCCUCAACACUCUGGGACCAGUCAUGAAAAUGGAGCCUCUGAACAACCUUCAGGUGGCUGUGAAAAACAACAUUGAUGUCUUUUACUUCAGCUGCCUAAUUCCUCUCAACGUGCUUUUCGUAGAGGAUGGCAAAAUGGAGCGCCAGGUCUUCCUUGCAACAUGGAAGGAUAUUCCAAACGAAAAUGAGCUUCAGUUCCAGAUUAAAGACUGUCACCUGAAUGCUGACACUGUUUCCAGCAAACUGCAGAACAACAAUGUCUACACCAUUGCAAAGAGGAACGUGGAGGGCCAGGACAUGCUCUACCAGUCUCUGAAACUCACCAAUGGCAUCUGGAUCUUGGCUGAGCUUCGCAUUCAGCCGGGGAACCCGAACUACACGCUCUCCCUGAAAUGCCGAGCUCCUGAAGUGUCCCAGUACAUCUACCAGGCCUACGAUGCCAUCUUGAAAAACUAACAGGAGAUCAGCCUGUGCCCCACCCUGCAGAAGGAGGGGGAAGAAAGGGGUCCCCAGAUACUCCUUCACCACUGGCACGGGGAAGAGCACUCUUAACUGGAAGCAGCUGUAUUCAUGUGUAGGAUUUCAGUCAAAGGCACUGAUUAAACAAGGUAGCAAUUAGUGUCCACGUGCUAAUGAUGAUAGGGAACAAACCCCUUUGAUAUUUUUAGCGUCCAUGGAGUUUGUAACCACUGCUUCGACUACUCCCACGUCCCCCUUGCCCCCUCUCUCGUUGUCCGUUCUCGUGGGCUUCUCCAUUUUGUGCCAAUGUUCAGUGUUUUCUAAAUGGCUUUAGGCGUAAUUAUGAUUUUGUAAACUACUGCUCAUUGAAGAAAAACAAGCAAAAACCACAUGUCAGCUCAUUAAAACAAGGCAAAAGUGUCAAAAACGUAACACUGCACUUUAUAUUUUUAUACCUUUUUUUUUUUUGAGUUUUUCUAUUGUAAUUGGCCUAAAGGGAAGGCGAUUCCAAGGAAGUAUUGGGAGCCCUGCAGGGACGUCGGGCUCUAGCAGGGUGAGCACGGCCUCGGGGAACUAGGAACAGAGCCAUCAGUUCGGUCUGUGGAGGCGGAUGGAGCCCUAAAGGGAGGGGGGAUUUUUAUUACACUUGUGCUGGCAGACUCAGCUCUGCUUUUGAUGGUGUGUUUUCACUCCAACCAUCUCCCUGGCUCAUUAGCUGCUGAUUUGAGAAGGGAGGCUGCUUUUGCGUGGGGAGGAGCUGCAGACCUAGAUUGAUAACGGGACAGCGGUGGAUAAAAUGAAGGAAACAAGCCCGCUCGUAGAGCAAGAGGCUCUUGCCAGAGCUGCAGGUAUGGUCUCUGCAUCCUCACCCAUCUGCAGCCCCUCUUCUUGUUCUUUCCAUGCCUGCUAUCGCCGAACUGCCUUCCCAGCCAUCCCCUGAGCUGUGCCACCUUCACCCAGUGCUGCGCUACCCCCCGGCAAUCCCCAAGGCUCAUGGUGGUAAAUCCAAACAUGGCAUUGCCGCUUCCCCGCUGGGCUGCGGGCCUCAGCCGUACCCCUGCGGCGACGGGCGGCUGCUGGCAGUGUCCCGGGGUGACGCGGGGAGUGGAGCAGCUCUCCCUGUUCCUGUGCUAUCCCCCAAACCCCAGGCUGUGGCGUGAUGGGAGAUGGUUUGGGCUUGGCGGUGUUUGCACCCUGCCUGCCAGGGGGCUUCACGUCCCGGCUGGGUUGAGUUGAGCAGAUUGUGGAAGCAUUUCUUCCGCUUGCAGCUUGGCUCUUUGUGCCCAGAGGCACACAGUACCAAGGGCCAGUCGGCUUUCUGCUCUCACCCCCUAUCCCGAGCAGCCCCAUGCCCUGGCUCCUCUUUUCUGGCUUGUCCCUAAGGCCAGGACCGCUUCCGUUUCCAGUCCAUGGCUGUGGACUCACCACAUUGCAACCACUAAGUACUGCGGCAACAGCAGUGAAAGCAAAGCCUCUUGCAUGUCCUUGCUCCAUCCAUAGCUUGUCCUGCUUAAACCAAGCCGCUAACCAGAACGGCUUCGCCCUCCCCAGCAUGCUUGGACGCCAUCUCCUCCCCAGCGAGCAAAGCUCUUGUGCAUAGCAACCCACAUCUUGCCUUUUUAGAUGCCACAUUCAAAGUCGAUAAAUAUUUUACGGUGGGAGAUGGUUCAUCAGGGCUUUGGCGCUGUCUGCAACCAAGAAGCCAGUGCUGGGAAAAGGUCACAACGCCCUGGCAGAGGCUCCAGCAGGGCACAGGAGCUGCAGGAUCCCGAGUGAGGUGGUGUCCCUGUGUAGCAACCUCUGUGCUCUGGCUGGGGAAAAAGUGGGGCAGAGCUGGAGCAAUCCAGCCCUUGAGCCCUGCCCAUGUGUGCUGGGAGGUGAUUUGCUCCAAGCCCUGCGGGUGCACUGCAAAAAUCAUUAAUAGAGCAAUUAAGGAAGCACCAGUGCCUCUGAAUGCGAUGCUGUGUCAGGGCAGGGAGGAGAUGGUAGAGGAUCCGGAACAAGCACUUAAGCCUCCUUUGCUAAACAGCUGGUUUAGCUCAGACGGGGAGGGGUUGCUGAGCACCCCUUCUCUUGCCAAAUUUCUUCUCAGUUUUUUGGGUGCGUGGGUGUGUCUGUGCUGCAGGGCAGAGCCUGGGCUCAGUCGGUGGUGUUUCACCCUCCUCUCCCGCCACGCCGCUCAUUGGAGUGUUUGCCACGUAGUUGUGUUGCUCUUCAGGCUUUACCUGCCAUCCGUGUCAAUAAAUUCAUUUCCACGAU